CCCAGACGUUUCCGCGUGUCAGCUGACCGCGGAUUCCGGAUGUCAUGGAACGUGUGGUGGAAAUGCCCAGGGACAGUGGUUUCUCCAUCGCCGGGCCCUCCGCCAGCACCACCCCGCGCAAGCGUCAGGUGCGUUUCUCGGCCCGCCAUGACAUCAUGCUGCUGCGUGAGGUCGUCGCCCAGAACCCCUUCAAGGCCAAGGAGACGACGCGCAGCUGGGGCCGCGUGGGCGAGAUCAUCAGCGCCGCCCUGCAGGACGAGAGCUUCGAGGUGGACGCGCGCCGCUGCCGAGAGAGGACCAUGCUGCUGCUGGAUUACUACAAGAAGCAAGACUUCCCCAGUCUGCGCAGGUUUGGUACGGAGCGUCUGUAUGCCCAGAAGGAGGACCUGCUUCAGGUGGUGCUUGAGCUGGAGGCGGAGAAGGUGCUGGGGAAGGAGGAGAGCAAGUACCAUGACGACGAGCUGCUGAGGAGGAGAGUCCUGGGGAAGGAGGAGAGCAAGUACCACGACGAGGAGCUGAGGAGGAGAGUCCUGGAGGAGCUCAGCAUGCAGGAGGAGCAGGAGAAACCCGACCUGCUGUCUGCCACAGCACCCCCUACAGUGGUCACGACCCCUGAGCCCCCCGGGGAGGAGGCCGUUGGCGUUAGCGGCCGACACGGACACCUCAUCAGCGGGGUGCAGGAGCUGGUGGACGAUGACGACGACGACGGCGAUGACGACGGCGAUAACUGCGGCCUCCCGGAGCUGCUGCUGCCCGGAGGAGGGGGAGGGGGAGGGGCGUUGGCGUUGGCGCCCACGGCCAAGCGGGCGUGCCAGUGCUGCUGCCAGACCUACGCGGAGAUCCUCAGCUUCCUGGAGAAGCGGGCGGAGGCCGAGACGCGUCUGCGCGAGGAGGAGAUGGCGCUGCGGCGCGAGGAGCUGGAGCUCGAGCGCGAGAAGAUCGGACUGGAGCGCGAGCGGCUGGCGGCUGAGCGGCGGGAACGGGAGCAGAGGUUCGAGCUGGAGAGCCAGGAGAGGCAGGUCAUCCUGGACCUGCUCCGCGAGAAGGUGCUGCCGCCGAGGAGGGACAACCCCCCCGAGCAGUCGACGAGGAACCACCCAGAGCAGCCGACAAGGAACCACCCCGAGCAACCACUGAGGAACCACCCCGAGCAGCUGACGAGGAACCACCCCGAGCAGCAGCAGCCACUGAGGAACCCGCCUGAGUCACAGAUGAACCCCGAGCAGCAGCUGAGGAACCCCCCUGAGCAGCCGCAGAACAACCCCUCCGAGCAGCAGCAGCAGCCACCGCCAGCACAGCCACAGCCACAGGUCCGCGGGAAGGACGCAGAGGGCUGAGAGCGGCAACGUUAUUAGGGGCUU